GCCAGGAAGAUGACGCGCUUUGCUCUGAUCGUUGUCCGGCAUGGAGAAACAAGAUUUAACAAGGAGAAAAUAAUUCAAGGACAAGGAAUAGAUGAGCCUCUUUCAGAAACUGGAUUUAAACAAGCAGCUGCCGCUGGCGUAUUUCUUAAUAAUGUGAAGUUUACUCAUGUUUUCUCCAGUGACCUCAUGAGGACAAAGCAGACCGUGCAUGGGAUUUUGGAGAAGAGCAAAGUUUGCAAAGAUUUGACAGUAAAGUAUGAUUCAAGACUUCGAGAAAGAAAAUACGGGGUUGCAGAAGGCAGGGCCCUAAGUGAGCUAAGGGCAAUGGCCAAAGCAGCUGGGGAAGAAUGCCCUAUGUUCACACCACCCGGAGGAGAGACCUUAGACCAGGUGAAAAUGCGUGGAAAAGACUUUUUCGAUAUUCUUUGUCAACUGAUCCUUCAAGAAGCAGGUCAGAAUGAACAGUUUUCCCAAGGAGCUCCAAGCAACUGUCUGGAAACUUCUCUGGCAGAGAUAUUUCCUUUAGGAAAAACCUGUGCCUCUGAAUCUAAUGCAGACAGUGGCGCACCAGGAUUAGCCGCCAGUGUCUUAGUUGUGAGUCAUGGCGCUUACAUGAAAAGCCUGUUUAAUUAUUUUCUGACUGACCUUAAGUGUUCCUUACCCUCAACUCUGAACAAAUCCGAAUUUAUGUCAGUCAGUCCCAACACAGGGAUUAGUCUCUUUAUCAUAAACUUUGAGAAAGGAAGAGAAGUGAAGCCAGCAAUUCAGUGUGUUUGUAUGUACCUACAGGAUCAUCUGAAUGGAGGGACUGAAACUCGCUAAAAUUUAAAUCUACAUCAAAAUUUUGAACUUCUGAGGGAGUGCCUUUGGCUUUGUUUCCAUCCUCUGCUAGCACUGAUUUGGAAACAGUUAAAAAGCUAUUACAGCAGGUUAUAAAGCUUGAAUGGAAUCGUGGCCACAGAGAAUACUAAUGGAAACCAUUUAGGACUGACUUAUUUUCUCUUGAGUACAGUUGGCUUUUUCCAAAGUAAUUUUACCACCCUGUUCAGUUACAUCUCUGGAUUGUAAAUGAAUCAAGGAAUUCAGUAUUGCAAAUUGAGGGAUUCAUGACCUUGUAACUAUGUUUUUUUUUUUUUUCAUUUUCUUUGUUAUUUUUCUUUAAUAUCUGAAAAAUCUAGCCUGUUUUAUUGGCUCUUGGGUAAGAUACUGUAUGUUUUUUACUAUAUCGUCCAGUGCUUAAAAGAAGGAACUAUUUAUAAUUCCCAUUGCAUAUUUAUAGUGAGAACAUACUGUAUUUUAAAAGUCCUUUAAAUUAAAAAUUCUUAACCAUCCUCAGUUUUAUAUAAAGCAAAAUGACACUAAAAUUUUUAAUAUAGAAAUCAACUGUUAGAAUUUUUUACUAUAGAGGGUUUGAAAUGUGGACGAAUGGAGAUUAUGAUUGCAGAUUGGUCUGGUGAGGAAGAAUGGAAAGCAUCAUUUGACUAAGAAACAUUGAAGAAGGAAUCUCUGCGCAAAAGACAAAAGAGCAUCUCUUUCUUAUCUAACUAAUACGCUGAAGAAUUUAGUUUGGGGAAGGCUCUAAUGAGAGUAAAUGGUUACUUGUGUACUACACAGUAACCUCAGAAGGAAGGGGGAUGCUUCCUUGGAAAGAAUGUUGCUCCGGUAACCCCAACUGUGGGGUUUUGUGGAAGGUGCAGUUGCCUCUUUUUUCCACCAGAUGGCACUGGAGCAAAGGGAUUUUGGUUAACUGAAUUUUGUACACAAGAUCGGCCCCUCAAAAAAUCCUCACCGAAAUGAAAGUGUUUUCCAUGUGGUUUGCUUUUAAGUUAUCAUGCUGAUGAAUGCUGAGUCCCACCUCACAAGAGUGUUAAUACUAAAGUUUGUCAGUUAAGGCCAAAAUCACGUGUAGUCCAAAUUUACCGUGGACAGC